AUUCUCUUCCAUGUUUAAUGUCUGAUAAACUUCAAAUAAGUCCAAAGCUUAUAACUUGCACGCUUCUAGCUGGUUUCAAAUACCAGUUCAUAAACCUGACAAGCUCUUAAAAAUGACCCACACAUUAAACUAAUCAAGGGGUUUAUUUAUUAAUUAGUGAUUAGUCAUCACUGGUCGUAUAAUAUAGUAGAAAGCCACAUACAUCUGUGGUUCUUCUUCUCUCCAUCAUCACCACUUCACCCUUCUCUCCUUCAGUAUCAUAAGAGAUUGCAAAUGAAUGAGAACUGAGGUAUUAUCAACUUAGCAGAAUGAAGAAGAACAAGAUGAAAAUGAGAAGCAAGCUUCUCAUGAUCAUAUUCUUAUGUUACAACAUUGGCAGAUUCGCUGCGAAUGAUGAAGUAUCUGCAUUGAUUUCUAUAAAAGCAGGACUAUUUGAUCCACUGAACGCCCUGCACGAGUGGAAGCUGGAGAAAACAGCAGGGGAGGAUUCAGCUCACUGCACAUGGACCGGCGUCUCGUGCAACUCGGACGGAGCAGUAGAGAAGCUUGAUCUCUCCCACAAGAAUCUCAGCGGCGACAUAUCAAGUGAUAUACUAAGGCUUAAAAGUCUCUCCUCUUUAAACUUGUGCUGCAAUGGAUUCUCAUCACCGUUGCCGAGAUACAUAGCCAAUCUCACCACACUCAAGAGUCUUGAUGUGAGUCAGAACCUCUUCAGUGGCGAAUUUCCAUUUGGACUCGGAAGGGCGUGGCGACUUAUGACCUUAAAUGCAUCCAGCAAUGAGUUCACAGGGCUACUUCCCGGAGACCUUGGAAACGCUUCUUCGUUGGAGAUGUUGGAUCUCAGAGGAAGCUUCUUUGAAGGCACAAUUCCAGAAUCAUUCAGCAACUUGCAUAAGUUGAAGUUCCUUGGUCUAUCUGGGAAUAAUCUCACUGGGAAGAUUCCUGGAGAGUUAGGACAACUUUCAUCAAUGGAGUUUAUGAUCCUCGGAUACAAUGAAUUCCAAGGAGGGAUUCCAUCAGAGUUUGGAAACCUCACAAGCCUUAAGUAUCUUGAUUUGGCAGUGGCUAAUCUUAGUGGUGAGAUUCCGAAAUCAUUUGGAAAUCUCAAGUCAUUGAAUACAAUGUUCUUGUACAACAACGAUUUCGAAGGAAGCAUUCCACCGGAGAUUGGUAACAUGAGUUCUUUGCAGCUGCUGGAUCUCUCUGAUAACAUGCUUUCAGGGAAAAUUCCACCUGAAAUAAGUCAGCUGAGGAAUCUUCAGCUGCUGAAUUUCAUGGGAAACAAGCUAUUCGGCGCCGUCCCGUCCGGUCUUGGACAGUUGCCUAAACUCCAAGUUCUUGAGCUUUGGAACAAUUCAUUGUCAGGGGCAUUGCCUGGUAAUCUUGGAAAGAAUUCACCAUUGCAAUGGUUGGAUGUUUCAUCCAAUUCACUCUCUGGUGAGAUUCCAGAAACUCUUUGCAGCCAGGGGAAUCUCACCAAGCUAAUACUUUUCAACAACGCCUUCUCCGGUCGAAUUCCGGUGAGCUUAUCCACAUGUACUUCGCUUGUUCGGGUAAGAAUACAGAACAAUCUUCUUUCCGGAACAGUUCCAGUUGGUCUUGGUAAGCUUGGGAGGCUUCAGAGGUUAGAAUUGGCUAACAACACUCUCACCGGUGGAAUCCCUGAUGACAUAGCUUCUUCCACAUCACUUUCCUUCAUUGAUCUCUCAAGAAACAAGCUCCAUUCUUCUCUUCCUUCCACCAUUCUUUCCAUUCCAAAUCUUCAGGCUUUCAUGGUCUCUAACAACAACUUGGAAGGUGAGAUUCCAGACCAAUUCCAGGACUGCCCCUCGCUUACAGUUCUAGACCUCUCAUCAAAUCAAUUCUCUGGAGGCAUUCCAGCAAGCAUAGCUUCUUGCCUGAAAUUGGUAAAUUUGAACCUAAGAAGCAACCAGUUAACAGGUGAAAUCCCAAAAGCAAUAUCUAACAUGCCUACAUUGGCCAUUCUUGAUCUUUCAAGCAACUCGCUAGGCGGCCAAAUACCAGAAAGUUUCGGUGUUUCCCCAGCUCUGGAAUCCUUCAAUGUGUCAUACAAUAAGCUUGAAGGGUCAGUCCCAGCUAAUGGGAUCCUAAGAAGCAUAAACCCAAAUGAUCUGGUGGGCAAUGCUGGCUUAUGUGGUGGUGUCCUGCCUCCUUGUGGCCUAAACUUGUCAUUUACAUCUAAGCAUGGAAGCUCGCACACAAGGCGCAUUAUUACGGGAUGGAUCAUUGGGAUAUCGUCAAUCUUAGUCAUUGGGAUUGCGAUUCUGGUAGCGAGAUCUUUAUACACCAGGUGGUACACCAAUGGCUCCUGCCUUGGUGAAAGAUUUUAUAAAGGUAGCAAAGGGUGGCCUUGGAGAUUGAUGGCAUUUCAGAGGCUUGGCUUCACAAGUUCAGACAUUCUAGCUUGCAUCAAGGAAACGAAUGUGAUCGGAAUGGGAGCCACCGGGAUUGUUUACAAGGCUGAGAUACCACAAUCAAGUACAGUUGUGGCAGUGAAGAAAUUGUGGAGAGCAGGAUCUGAUAUUGAAGUAGGAAGCAACAGCAAUGACCUUGUUGGAGAGGUUAAUCUCUUAGGGAGGUUAAGGCAUAGGAACAUCGUUAGGCUAUUAGGAUUUCUUCAUAAUGACACGGAUUUGAUGAUAGUUUAUGAAUACAUGCACAAUGGCAACCUCGGAGAUGCCUUGCAUGGUAAGCAAGCAGCAAGAUUACUUGUAGAUUGGGUUUCGCGGUAUAACAUCGCUCUUGGAGUUGCUCAAGGACUUGCUUAUCUUCAUCAUGAUUGCCAUCCACCGGUUAUCCAUCGCGACAUCAAAUCAAACAACAUAUUGCUUGAUGCAGAUCUUGAGGCAAGGAUAGCAGAUUUCGGAUUGGCCAAGAUGAUGAUCCGGAAGAAUGAGACUGUUUCCAUGGUUGCCGGAUCCUACGGCUACAUAGCCCCAGAAUAUGGAUAUGCCUUGAAGGUGGAUGAGAAGAUUGAUGUUUAUAGCUAUGGAGUAGUUCUGCUGGAGCUGCUGACGGGUAAGCGGCCCACAGAUGAGGAGUUCGGAGAAAGUGUAGACAUUGUAGAGUGGAUUAGAAGAAAAUUGAGAGACAACAAGAAUCUAGAAGCAGCGUUAGACCCAAACGUAGUAGGAAACAGUAGGCAUGUGUUAGAGGAGAUGCUGUUAGUUCUAAGAAUAGCACUUCUUUGCACUGCAAAGCUUCCAAGGGAGAGACCAACCAUGAGGGAUGUGAUAAUGAUGCUUGAAGAAGCAAAACCAAGGAGAAAGAGUAGCAGCAACAACAACAACAACAAUGAAACAACUUGUUCAAUUAACAGCAGCAAUAAAGAGGUUCCAGUUUUUAGUCCAUCACCAGUUAUUGGCCUUGUGUAGGAAGGAACCAACAACAACUCAGUUUUUAGAGAUAUAACUUUGUAAUCAGAGAUUCAAUAUUUCGUUUUAGAGGGUACACCACAUCUAAAAUGGAUUUUUUUUUGCAAAUAAAUUUUAUUUGUAUCCUAAAUGUUGUCAUAUUUAUUUCUGCUGUCUGCAGAAAUCAAGAUAAAGCAAUUGUACCUAUUAUUAUUAUUAUUAUUAUUAUUAUUAUUAUUAUUAUCCGUUGAAUAACAAUGAUAAUUUGGUA